AUGAAAAAAAAAAAUAUCGCGGCGGCCACUAGCUACGGCAAGGUGAAAAGCCGUGUGAACCGUUAUGAUAUGAAUGGUUCCUACAAUUUUAAUGAGUCCAAGAAUGGUGGGAAGGUGCCAGGAGGAGGUACUCCGGGGGAUGGGAAGAAGAGUCGGGCGGAGGCGCCCCCCGCCGGUAAGGCCGCCAAUAGCGCAGCCAAUAGUGCAGCGAAUAGCGCCGCGGUGAGUAGCCUCCAGAAUAGCACUCAUAACAGCACUCAUAACAGCACUCAUAGCAGCACUCAUAACAACACGCAUAGCAGCACCCAGAACAGUGGCGGAGGAAACCCCCACCAUGCGCAGGCGGUAAAGUAUGCGAAGAACGCCUAUCCGUAUGAUUACAACGCGUACGGCCCCAAGAAAGUUGGAGAGUACAAGGAGAAAAUGAAAGGUUCCAUGAAGGGUGCAGGUCAUGGGGGUGAUAGUGGUGCACACGGUGAGGGGAGGAGUAGUCAGGUGGCCACGAACAACGCAGGUGCCCCGGAUAGUAAGGCUAAUCGUGAAGCAACAGCGUUUAAACCUAUUGCAGGUGGUACAAAAGGGAAUGGGGAUAAUAAUGCGAAUGGGGUUAACGCCAUUGGGGUGAACCCUAGUGGAACCAAUUUGAGUCACGCAAAUGGAGGCAGAAGCCAAAAUACUGGAAGGAAAGGAAACAAAGAAGAAAAUCUAAACGAAGAAGUCAGUCUGUUGAGGGAAAAAAUAUGUUUUAAAAUGCUCAAAAGCAUAGAUAUAUACAUCACAGAAAUAAUCAUGAAGUCUUCAUUUGUGACAGUGUACAAAAUGAAGGAAGAUGAACUAAAAUGGGUUCGAGCGGAUAUUGAAGGUUUCCUUUACAUCGUUAGGAGAUCCAUAAAGCCAACGUAUCGACUAAUAAUUACAAAUAAAAAAAAUGAAAACCAUUUAGUACAGGACAUCCACGGACGUAUCAAUUUAUCCACAGAUCAAAAUUACAUUUUUUAUCGAGUACAUAAUGAAGAGAGUAACUUAAAGAGUACCUACAGCUUGUGGUUUUAUAGCACCGAGGAAAAGGAGAAAAUAUAUAGUAUGCUGAGAGAGUUAGUGGACAAAGGGGCGGGUGCUCCAUCCGUCAGUGGUACCGCUAACCUGGGAACCUCUGACAUUAGCACCGUUGCGAAUGGUACCAAUGUAGGCUAUAUACACAGUAAAAAUAUUAACUUUAUUCUGUCCAAAGGGGAAAGUGGCGUUAAUGAGGGAGCUCCCAUAGCAGGAAUCACUACAGGAGGAGGAAUUGUUGGGGCGAAACCGAACGAUUCUUCGUCAAAGAAUAUGCUAAUGAAUGGAGACGACGAGGAGCUUCUCAAGGGAGGGAAAAACCACGUAGGGAUGGUCAGCGGAGGGGACAACAACGUGCAGAGAAAGGCAAAUGCAAAGAACGUCAUCCCUAUGAUGGCAUCAGACAGUGGAAGGGAUAACGAUUAUGAAAGGAAUUUUGAAUUGAUGGGGAAUAAUAAGAUAGAGAAUUUAUGUGCAAAGAUGAACUUGCCUUUAGGUGAGGGUGGUCAUAUACCCCCAGGAGCUGCCAACGCUAUUUAUGGGAAUUAUUUGAAGAACUUAUAUAAGGCUAGUGGGGGUGCAAGUGGAGGAGUGAAUGGGAUGGAGGCCAUUGGACAGAGAAGCAAAAUGAAGGAUGGGCCUGGGGAGGAAGGCCUCGCUGGAUGCGAUUCGAACGUGAAAGGGGUGACGCAACAAAACAACGUCGAUUUUAAUGACAAGGUGGGAAGGAAAUUGCUCUACCUCAUUAAGGGGCUGCCCAUGGAAGGUGAAAGGGCCGUCGAAAGGGGCGUCGAGAGGGGCGGCGAAAAGGGAAGCGAUAAUUUGAAAAAGCUACCAGGGUACGAUUUUUACGAGGGUAGAAAGAGCGAAGAUAUGCCAAGGAGUGUUGGAGGUGGAACGAACAACCUUGUUGUGGACCCCAAGGGAGGAGGUGGUGGAGGGGGAGGCGGCUACCCGAAUGACAAGGGCAGCGCCAUUUCCGGGGGAGAAGCCAUCAUGAACCUAUUGGGGUUGAGCAAGAACGGCGACGUGAAGGAGGACGAGGUGGAGGAUAAGAAGAAGAAAAAGAAGAAGAAGGGUGCAAGUGGGGAGGUACCCGCCGGUGGGGGUGCAAAUGGAAGUGAAGUUGCGCGUGUAAAUGCGAGUGUGAGUGCGAAUGCCAAUAUGAACGCCGUUGCUAGCGGUGAUAGUGCAGGAAUGGCUCAGAUCAGUAACUCGCUUGGCGCCAAAGAGUUCGAAGUCAACAUGCAAAAGAGAGGGCUGCAGCUUAGGGAGAUGCAGCUGAGGGAGUUGCAGUUUAGGGAAAUGCAACUCAGGGAGAUGCAGCUCAGGGGGAUGCAGAUGAAUGGGAUGGCCAUGAAUGGGAUGGCGAUGAAUGGAAUGCCAAUUAACGGAAUGGCGAUGAGUGGAAUGCCAAUUAACGGAAUGGCGAUGAAUGGAAUGCCAAUUAACGGAAUGGCGAUGAAUGGGGUUCCCAUUAAUGGGCUGCCCCCUAACGGGAUAACUCCUAACGGGAUAACUCCUAACGGGGUUCCGCCUAAUGGGGUUCCGCCCAACGGGAUGCAGAUGAAUCACCCCCAAGGGAACGACCUGCAGAUGCUCCCCCUCCCCGCGGAAGAGAUGAACAACGGGAAGGCCAUGAAGUACGCAAAGGGGAAAUCAGACUGCAGUGAAGAACCCAUAAGCAACAAUCACCAGAUGGAGAAAGCCUACCUCGAUAGAUCGUCAUUUCAGAACAACUCUAUCGAAAGUCUGCACAGCAAAGAAGUCGAAGUGAGUAAUGGAAGCAUGGACGAUGAGAAAAAUAUGACCAAUGCUUUGCUUGAUAUUAUUAAGCAAAAAGCAGACCGAGCGAACCAGGUGCAGGGGGUUGUUGAUGGUGUAAAUAAUCACGGGGGUCAUGAUGGCCUGAACGAGUUCAACACAGAUUCGUAUGACAUGCUGUUGAAGAUGCAGAGCGUGGGUGGAAGUGGAGAGAGGAGGGCUAAGAGUGGCCAUCGAGUGACCAACCGGAUGGGCAGUCAUGUUGGGAGCCAAAUGGGAAGUCACCUCGGAAGCCAUCUCGGUAGUCACCUCGGAAGUCACCUCGGGAGUCACCUCGACAACCGCAGCCACAACGGCCCAUUUGAUGAGGGCGAAAUGCCAAGGAGGAAUAACCACCCUGGGUACAGCCCCCACGAUAAGCAGCUGCUCAAGUAUGAAGACGAGAGGACGGACAGCUACAGCGCUGUGGAGGACUACAAAAACAGGAGCAUCCUUCUGAGCAGGAACACCAUCCAUAACGUAAUCAAGGAGACUUUACAGUCGGACGAGUUUGUUAAUUUGUUGUGGAAAAAGUUGGUAACGAGCAAAAAUAUUAUUUUAAAAUUCCACCAUGUGUGA